AUGCCGUCCACACACAAGAGAGAUAAACCAUGGGAUACGGACGAUAUAGACAAGUGGAAAGUUGAGCCUUUCAAACCCUCGGACAAUGCAGGUGGAACGUUUGCCGAAGAAUCGUCAUUCGCCGUUCUGUUCCCUAAAUACCGCGAAGUCUACCUUAAAGAGGCCUGGCCCCUAGUCACGAAGGCGCUUCAGCAACAUGGUAUCGCAUGUACUCUAGAUCUAGUCGAAGGAUGCAUGACGGUUAAGACGACAAGAAAAACGUUCGACCCCGCUGCCAUUCUCAAGGCUCGCGACCUCGUCAAAUUACUAGCGCGUAGCGUCCCUGCUCCGCAAGCAUUAAAGAUCCUCCAGGACGAUAUGGCUUGUGACAUAAUCAAGAUAAGAAACCUAGUGCGCAACAAGGACAAGUUCGUAAAGCGACGGCAAAGAAUCCUCGGACCCGAGGGUCAGACCCUGAAGGCGCUAGAGCUCCUCACGCAGACAUAUAUACUCGUCCAAGGAAACACCGUCAGCGUUCUCGGUCCGUACAAGGGGCUCAAGGAGGUUCGAAGAAUCGUCCAAGACACCAUGGCGAACAUCCACCCGAUAUAUCAGAUCAAGGAGCUUAUGAUCAAGCGAGAAUUAGCAAAGGACCCCGAGCUCGCAAACGAGAACUGGGAACGAUUCCUUCCGAACUACAAGAAGAGGAGUCUCAGCAAGAGGAUGGUGCCCCACAAGGUCACAGACAAGAGCAAGAAGGUCUACACCCCCUUCCCCCCACCACAAGAGAAGAGCAAGGUGGAUCUACAAAUCGAGGCGGGCGAGUAUCACAUCGGCAAAGAAGCCAAGAAGCGCAUUGCGCACGAGGAAAGGAUGGAGCAGCAGAAGGUCAAGCAAGAGGAGAAGAAGCGCCAACGAGAGCAAGAUUUUGUAGCGCCAGAAGAAAACGUGGCCGAGAGGAAAAAGAAGAAGCGGAAGACCAAGGGCGAAGAAUAG